AAGAAAAAGAAAAAGAAAAAGGUUUUCUUCCUUUAUGUCUCCCACUGGCAUGCCAACGCUGGCAAGAGAGACUUUUCCUUCUUUUGCUUUCUUUUCCUUCCUUUGAGCAACAAGCGUAUCUUCUCUGGAGGUCAAAAAAUCUGAACAUACUCCGGCACCGUCUCCUCCAAUUGGCCCUUGCUUCCGGCCACUUUCGUCUUCAAACUCGCCGAAACCUGUCCGGCAGCGUUCUCAAACAGCGGCAAGUAAUCGGCGAGGCGGAGCGGAGCUUGGCGGGGAGAUCGGAGAACCCAGGCUGUGUUCAAAAGUAGUUUAGAUUAGAACCCAGAAAUAUCGCAGCUGUGGGUUCGGCGUCUGCUCGUCGGAGGUCUGGGUACAGCGGCGAUUGCUCGAGUCGCCGGAAUCUCGUACAAAUGCAACGACGCCAAUCUCAGAAGCUUUAAUUGAUCGUUUGUUCAACGACUUCGUCAACUCCGGCCGGGACCCUUACAACUGGGUCAUCAACUCGAAAGAUAUGGAAUCAAAGAACAACAAGAAGCUCGACAGGAUAGGCUUUCUCGUCUCCCUGCAGAGAGCGACGUUAGCGAUUCAGCUUAUUUAAACUUUAGGCUUUCUCCUCCCGUGCAGACGGCAAACAAGCAGAUUAUGGAGAAGAUGACAUUGGAUUCGAAGGAGUAUGAGUUGAAGAAGAACAAUAUGAGAAAGAUGCACGAGAGCUUGCACUCCCAAGCAUCUUCCAUGCUAGUCUUCACCCUUCAGUGGAAGGAACUGGAGGGACGCUUAGAUUCGAUCCGGGAUGCGACCCAGACCCAACUUGAAGAGCUCCAUGAACGAGAGAAGCAGUUGGAUGCCAAAGAGUUAAAGAUGGAGUCCAAAGCAAAUGAGUUCCUGGAACGAGAGAAGCAGUUGGAGGCCAAAGAGUUAAAGAUCCAGUCCGAAGUCAAUGAGGCGUUUGGACUCGAAAAGCUGAUUAAGGAGAAACAAAAAGAGGCUAUAGACAGCAAGCACUACUUAAAUUCGCUCCAGUUAUUGAUAAAAGAGCAUAGCGAAUCAGAGAAAGAGCUUGGAGCCAAGGAAAGACGAAUAGAGAGACGAAUCCAAGAAUUGAAUGGGGUUGAGAGGAAUAUAGAAGAGAAGUUGAAGAAAUCUCGUGAGGAACUGAAUCAGAUUCAGAGGGCGGUUAAGGAGCAGGGUGUAGAAUUUGAUUUGAAAGAAAAGCAAAUUAAAGUGAAAGAGGAGAAAUUGAAUCGGAUUGGGAAGAGUAUCGAAGAGAAGUUGAAAUUGGCAAUUGAGGAGAAGAAGAAAGCAUUUGAUCUGAAACAAGAGCGUGUCAAAGAAGAGCAGAAACUGAGAGAGGAGAGACUGAAAGAGGAGAAGUUGAAAGAGCAUAAGAAAUCAGUAGUGGAAGCCUCUAAGGAGCUUAAGUCAAGAGUGGAACUAAAGAGGGAACUAGAACUGAAAGUGAAAGAUCAUUGCUUGCGAAAGAAAUCAAUGGAGGAGCGGUCCUGUAAUCUCGAACGUAAAGAGAGAGAAUUAGAAUUGAAAGAGAAGCAAGUUUUGUCAAAAGCUGAGGAACUUGAUUCACUUAAUAAAAGGACCCUCAAUGAGUUUCAGUUGAUGGAAAAGGAACUUAGUUCAGUCGAAAGUACGUUACAAGAACGUGAAAAGCAAUUGGAAGUGGACUCCCAGCGACUUCAAGUGGAACAGACGCAACUUGAAGUGAAAAGUGAAACAAUGGAAAAGUUGCAGCAAGAAUGCAAAAAGCAACUUGAAACAAAAGAGAGACAACUGGAAGUAAAAGGUGAUACAAUGGAAAAAGUGCAUCAAGAACGCAAAAAGCAACUCGAAGCGAAAGAGAGACAACUUGAAGAGCAGACCAAAGAGCUUGAAUUGACAAAGAAACAAUUUGGUUGUCAAAUGAAAGUAAAAAGUGAGCCAUUGGAAAAUACCCCAGCUGCUAACAAUGCCAUUGUUGCUUCAUCUGCAAGUGAUCAUUCCAAAAUCAAUAUCAGGGAUGGUAGAGGCUUGCAACUAUUCAUGUAUGAGCAUAUGAAGAGAAAUGAUUCAGUGAGCAAAGAAAUCUCAGCUGUUCUUCAACAAGAGUCAUUAGAGCCAGCAAAAUUGGUUUUGGAUGCAAUGGAAGGGUUUCAGCCUUCAAAUUCGACUGUGGACAAUAGGGAGUUUGAUUUGGUAAUUAUUAGAAGGACAUAUAUUCUUUUGUUGGAAGAGUUAAAGAGAGUCUCGGCGCAAAUUAAUCCUCAGGUGAGAGGACAAGCACUGAAGUUGGCCAGUGAUUGGAAGGCUAAGAUGACGGUGGGGACUGAGAAUUGGUUAGAGGUUUUGGGAUUUUUGCGGCUUGUUACUACAUAUGAAUUGACCUCUGCCUUUGAUGCAAAUGAGCUUCAAGGUCUUCUUGAUAUAGUAGCUCAACAUGAACAAGCAACUGAAUUAUCCCGAGCCCUUGGUACCACAGAUAAGGCAGCUCCUGAUGUCGAAACUAAGAAUGAGAAAAGUUCUGCAGCAGCAAUCUUUUCUUCUCCUAAUCUUCAACCAGCUACCACUGUCCCAGCUAAUGCUAUUAUUGCUAUUCAGAAAUUUAUUGGAAGGAAGAAACUGAUGAAGGCUUAUGGACGCAUUCACAAAUUCAAGUUAUUAGACAAGUUCCCUCCAGCUCAAGUCUUAAAAGAAUAUGUUGAGAAAGCUAUGAAGUGCAUGGAAAAUAGCGAGAGAAAAGAAAUGCUCCAUCAACAGGAUCAGGUUGUAUCCGAAGGAAUAUCUGAUCUACGACGUGCUAUUCAAUGCAUCAAACAUCACAACCUUGAGUCUGAAUACCCUUCUGAGAGCAUUGAGAAACAAAUGGUUGUGCUGCAGAAAUUUAUGGAGGAUCGGAAGAACCAAAAACAGAAAAAACGCUUGUGCAGCACAAUUGAUUCCAGCUUUCAACAGCAGGAACAUAAAUUUCAGCGGACAUCCUUAUCAGCGGGGAGACCAUAUGGAUUGCACCCUGACAAUCCAAAUCCAGGUUCUCCAUUUUACAAUGGACAGUUUAGUAUUCCUUCCAACAAUUAUCCCGUGCAGUUUAGCAUGCCUGCCAACGGCGUUAAUCAUGAGUUCCCUAGAAUAUGUCCAUACCCUCCAUAACCUCGCCCUCUUGUAUAUAGACACCCUGGGUAUGGCCUUCAAAAGCCAUAUUGAGAUUUCUAAUCUGAUCAGAUUCAUUUUCCUGACCCAUGGUUCUAACUUACUGACUUGCAUGGUCUUUAUGUAUCUUCAUGUAAUUUACACCAGAUAGAGAUAUUCCACAUGUUGUUUGCAUAAA